AUGGACGAUCUCUCAUUCUCUGUGUUCAAAGGAGACCUGAUAACCACAAAGUCUUCCUCCUACCUGGUGGAAGACUUCCUGGGGGAAGGAACCUUUGGGAAGGUGGCCAGAUGCGUUGAAGUAGCCACCAAUGAAAAGGUGGCUGUUAAAAUCAUCAAGAAUAGCCCGGGACUGUUAGCGUCGGCUAAACAAGAGAUUCGCAUCUUAACGCGCCUCCAAGCUCUGGACCCGGAAAGGUGUGGGAUUGUAAAAUGGAUGGGGGACUUCAAACACGGUCCCUACGUCUGUCUGGUGUUUGAGCUCCUGGACCAGUCUCUCCUAGACUUCACCAGGCAGAGAGCAGGCCGCAGUCUGCCUCUGAUGCAGAUAGAAAAUAUAGUGGAACAGCUGGCCUCAGCCCUUGACCACCUGGGCACCCUUGGGAUCAUUCAUGCCGACCUGAAGCCUGACAACGUCAUGAUGACAGGACAGGACACUCAAGUCAAACUCAUUGAUUUCGGCUGUUCCAUCCAUUUGUCCCAGGCCAAAAUCGGCUACGAUUUCUGUACCAUCUGGUACAGGUGA